CAUCUUUGUUCAUCGAGGUGAAGGAGCGGCAGAUCGACCUCUCGACGUCUCUGGAGUUCACGCGGUUCUCGAGAUGUCUACCAAAUCCAUCCGGAUGGCUCUGGCCAACACGUUGGAGGACCUGACGGAAGAAAACUUUGACAGGUUCCGCCACCGGCUGCUGGACUACAAAGAAAAACCGCAGGUCCGACGGAACCAGGUGGAGGGCAAGACCCGCCUGCAGAUGGUGGACGUCCUGGUGUCCGCGUUCACGGAGCCCGGGGCCGUGCGCGUGGCCGUGGAGCUGCUGAGGCAGAUCCAGUGCAACGAGGAGGCUCGGCGACUUGCCACAGCGACCUCUGGAGGACGGUAGGCGCCAUGACACGAGGAUCACUCGUCUCCUAUUGGACGAACUACGCGUCAUCGAUAUAUUUCCAGAAGACGUCUGCAGAAUCCAACGUGGACGACGACUCAAUAUGUUGAACUUGAUGUCCUAAUAAACCGUCUUCCUCGAGUCUU